GCGCGAUCGCCAUGUUACAUGUGGCAAAUAUGCCUGUAAACUAAUGAAUCCUCAUAAGUCGACAACCUACAAGUGCAGAAAGUUAGUGCCUCUCACGCACAGUUAUAUAUUUUGAAAACAGCCACCUGUAACGACGUAUCUAAUAUUUUUUUUAUAUUUUCUGAUUAUUGUUAGGUUUUCCUCAAGUAUUUUAAUAUUUAUCGUCACAAUAACAGUGUUCAGGCGCGUGGGAGGGGGGGGGGCAAACUGCCCCUUGGCCCUGUCCUCAUCAUCCUCUCACCUUAAUCUGAUCAUGUGUGACAGUGAUGGUGACAGUUUAUGAAAGUGGGACGCCCCGUGUUGACAUCCAGUCAAGAUUUACUUUACAUGACAUAAAUUUCCAAAGUUCAACCACCGAUGGCGAUGACCCCGCCUACAUUUCGGCAAAGUCUCGCAACAAGUAGCCCCGCCUCUAAGCCAGUGCCCCCCCCCCGAACAUCAGCCUGCAACCGGUCGCCUCCACCGCGCAAGCACGCAGGCAGAACUCGAGCGAGCGCAGCUCCGACGCCAAAGCGAUGAAGAGGAGGCUCCAGAAGAAAUACUUGGUUCUGAUCCUCGCCUACACGGGUUUGCUGCUCCUCAUCCCGUAUGUGUUCGACUUCGGGGAGCGCUCGAUGCAGCGGGCCAAGCACGGGCUCCUGCAGCAGCGGGAGCGGCAGCAGCAGUCGCGGUGCUCGGACCUGAAGAACGCCGUGGCGCUGCUGUGGGAGCACGGCUACAAAGUGGACGGCGCCAACGGCACGGAGCAGCCCCCGCGGCCCGGCGACGGCGCCCCCCGCACGCACAUCUACCUGCACGCCACCUGGAGGACCGGCUCGUCGUUCCUCGGCGAGCUGUUCAACCAGCACCCGGACGUGUUCUACCUGUACGAACCCAUGUGGCACAUCUGGCAGGCCCUGUACCCGGGCGACGCGGGCAGCCUCCAGGGCGCCGUGCGCGACAUGUUGAGCGCGCUGUUCCGCUGCGACUUCUCCGUGCUCAAGCUGUACGCUGGCUCGCAGAACCUCACCACCGCCUUCAUCUUCGGCUGGAAGAUGAACAAGGUGGUGUGCUCCGAGCCCCUGUGCGACGCCCACCAGCGCCACCGCGUCGGCCUGGUGCAGGAGGACCGCUGCGCCAAGUGCCCCAAGCGGGACAUCCGCGAGCUGGAGCGGGAGUGCAAGAAGUACCCGGUGGUGGUCAUCAAGGGCGUGCGGGUUCUGGACCUCAGCACCCUGGUGCCGCUCAUGAAGGACCCGGCCGUCAACUUGCACAUCGUGCAGCUCUUCCGAGACCCGCGAGCCGUGCACAACUCCCGGCUCAAGUCCAAGCAGGCCCUGGUGAAGGAGAGCAUACAGGUGCUGCGCAGCAAAAAGCACAACGACAAGUACAAGCGUCUGCUGGUGCCCAACAACCGCGUGAACCGGGCCGAGAGCUACGUGUCCAGCGCCAUGGAGCUCAUCUGCGACAACUGGCUGGGCGACAUGAUGCUGGUGACCAACGCGCCGCCCUGGGUGCGCCGCAGCUACCACCGCGUCCGCUACGAGGACUUGGUGCUGCGGCCGGCCCAGGAGCUGCAGAAGCUCUACCUCUUCUCCAACCUGUCCACGUCGCCGGCGCUGGAGAGCUUCGCGCUCAACAUGACCCACGGCCGCGGCUACUCGUCCGACCGGCCCUUCCUCAUCUCCUCGCGGGACGCCAAGGAGGCCAUCUACGCCUGGCGGGAGAGGCUGAGCGUGGAGCAGAUCGACCAGGUGGAGGCCUACUGCAGUGAGGUCAUGAGGCAGCUCGGGUACCCCAAGCACGACGCCGACAAAACCACAUGAGGGAAGAGCGUACAGGGGCCUGCGAGUCAAGGCUGAGGGCAAAAAGACGGAAGGACAGCUGGAAAAUGGCCGACUGGGUGCGGCCGUGUCCGAAGCGCAGGAGUGAGGAGAAGAAGUGCGGAGGGAGGGUGGGGGGGGGUCAGCCUCUUAGUAC